AUGAAGAGGAAGAGGCAGGGUUGGAACUAAUGGCUCCACAGGCCAAACGGCGAUGCAGAGAGGUGAUCCCAAACUGGGACUCCUUGCAGGAUGGGGAGGACGCCCUGGAUGAGAUGCUGCAGUACCUGGGAUACUCCAGCCCAGAGUGCCUACAACGCACUGGCACACCCCUCAACAUUCCAGCCCUGCCGCCCACUUGCGUGUCUGAGAAGCAAGAGAAUGAUGUCAUCAAUGCAAUCCUGAAGCAGUGUGCCGAAGAGCGGGACUUCGCACUCUAUCGUGGGAAUGACCUGAGCAUGAGGGCUGUAGUGCAGCAAGAGCCAAGCCCACAGAGACCCCAGUCAGCCUUCUACUACUGCAAACUGCUCCUCAACAUACUGGGCAUGAACUCCUGGGAAAAGAGAAACAGUUUCCACCUGCUGAAGAAGAACGAAAAACUACUGAGAGAGCUGAAGAAUCUGGAUUCAAGGCAGUGUCGUGAAACACACAAGAUUGCGGUGUUUUACGUGGCAGAGGGGCAGGAAGACAAGCACUCAAUACUGUCCAACACCGCCGGGAGUCAGGCCUAUGAAGACUUUGUGUCAGGCCUGGGCUGGGAGGUGAACUUAACGAGUCAUUGUGGUUUCAUGGGCGGCCUGCAGAGGAACAAGAGCACGGGUUUGACCAUGCCCUACUUCGCCACUUCUACAGUUGAAGUCAUGUUCCACGUCUCCACACGCAUGCCUCCGGACUCCGACGACUCGCUCACUAAAAAGCUAAGACACCUGGGUAAUGAUGAAGUGCAUAUCGUGUGGUCCGAGCACUCGCGGGACUACCGGAGAGGCAUCAUUCCUACUGAGUUUGGAGACGUGCUCAUCAUCAUCUACCCCAUGAAGAACCACAUGUACAGCAUCCAGAUCAUUAAAAAACCCGAGGUGCCAUUUUUCGGUCCCUUGUUUGAUGGAGCCAUAGUGGAUGGAAAUAUCUUACCCACAGUGGUGCGAGCUACAGCCAUCAACGCCAGCAGAGCUCUGAAAUCCCUCAUCCCUCUUUACCAAAAUUUCUACGAAGAGAGAGCAAGGUAUCUGGAGACGAUAGUCCAGCACCACUUGGAACCGACAACAUUUGAGGACUAUGCGGCUCGUGUUUUCUGCCCUGCACCUUUCCACCAUCUUCCCUCCGAAGCAGGCUCAUGCCUCGAGAGUCAGCUGGCAGAAAGUCCAGCAAUGCAGGUAGACGGGAGCGACUUAGCCUCGCCAAUAUCACCUCGUGCUAGCAAGAGCCGGAUGUCCAUGAAGCUUCGCCGUUCCUCGGGCUCUGCCAACAAGACUUGACCUGAGUGAGCAAACACACACUUCACUCCAUUCGCUCUCGCCAGAACUCCGCCCACUGCACUGUCAGAGACAAACCACACCCUCUCGCCUGCGGUAGCCACACCCCCUCGCCUGCGGUAGCCACACCCCCAAUGCUGUCUGAAUCCUCCCAUUCAGAGCCAGAGUGAUGAACAACGACUGAAAUGUUUUUUUUUUUUUUUUUUUUUUUUUGUCAUCGCUGAUGGAUAUUGUGUUGCGUUUUACCUUAACUUCCUUUACUGUUGUCGUAGCUGGUGCCACUGUAGCUGCCUACUACUCGAGUGCCAGUGAUCAUAAAAAAAAAAUAUAAUCAUUACGAUAAUGUUUCUUUUUGAUUGCCAUCAUAUCAACCACCACUUUUUAGAUUUGUACAGAAGACGCGGUAAUUGAUGGCGAAAGAAGUGUCCAAAAACAUGUUGUGGAGCAGAUUUGUGUUUCACAUUUCAGUUUGUUUCACUCCUAAUGUGGAACAUGUUUUAUAUAACAUUGACACUCACAUUUGUUUGUUUAUUUGCUGGUUUUCUUUAUGGAUGACGGUUUAUUGCAAUUUGUAAAUCAGUUUUCGCUUCGUUAGAAUGUUACUGAUUUUUUUUAUGUUGAUGUUAUACUGAACGGGCCCCCUUUGUCAUUUGUAACGGUUAUUUGUGUGUGUGUGUGUGUGUGUGUAUAUAUCUAUAAAUAUAAAAUAUAUACAUAUUUAAUGUAUGUGUAUAGUGUAUGAACAGUAUCUGAUCUGUGUACAUAUUUACCAAUAUUUAAAUCAACCAAAAAAACAAAGUGAAACGGCCACUUAGAACAAGUCAAAGAACAAGUCUUCAGCUUGAAUGUCUGUCUGUAUGGCUAGAUUUUUGCUGGACUCUGUCUUGUUAUUUUCGUUUCAUUGCACAGCAGCCUUAGAGACGAGCCCAUGCAGGUUUAUCAGCUCAUUUACAGAAUAAAUCAUUUGACUGCAAUGCUCUUUUUGAUUCACCUCGUCUUAGAUGGGAUUUUUAAGGAAAGUGUGAAUGAGUUGCCACAUUAACAGGUCUUGCAGGGAGACGGCAAUGUUGCCAAAUUUAACUGAACUACCCACUUCAGGACUUUUUAAGCUAGUUCAACAGUGCACAUGGCAUGUUUCAGACAACUGGACAGCCUUUAAUGUAAUCAUGUCCUGUUUUUGUUUUUUUUUCUUUCUAAACAUGUAGAUGUGGAAGUGUACAAAAAAAAAGUCUUCGACACUAGCUUUGGUCUGCACUUUUCCGUUUAAUUUUGACCGUUUAAGGGAUAUAAGGGUAUCUGACCCUGUAGAUGACGGAUGCAAGUUAUUACUGUUGCCAUGUUUAAGAUAAAAUCAAGUUUGUAUAUUUUCUUGAAAGCUAUGCGAGACUUCAUGGGGUCAGAUUUUAUUAUUUUCUUUUUAAUUUGAAUUUAUCAGAAAAAAAAAAAAAUACUUGUGGAGUUGAAAUCAUGCAGCACCCUUCUGGAUUGAAAUUAUAAAGUGUAUAUUAAAGGCCUGCACACAAGCAACUGAGACCUGUACGUAAUUUCAAGAGGAAAUAAACAUCCUCAUGGGUAGAUUUUGUGUAUGUUACUACUGAUCAAAUGCUGCAUGAUUCCAGGACUAACUGCAUGUGUUGAUAAAACAGCUGCACACGCACAGAUCCACAAUAUUGUCACAUGCUAGUAACUCUGUACAUUUGUAUCGGAUGUUGAAGGAGAGUGGAUGUGCAACUACAAUUAAGAAUAAAAAUAUUCUUACAACAUA